UUGUGUCCCCAAAAUGGCGAACGUUGCUGCUGCUGCUGCGGCUGCUGCCGCCGCUGCUGCUGCCGCCAACAGAGACCCGGCCGUUGACCGCUCGUUACGAUCAGUGUUCGUGGGGAACAUCCCAUAUGAAGCCACAGAGGAACAACUGAAAGACAUUUUUUCUGAAGUGGGACUUGUUGUCAGUUUCAGGUUGGUGUAUGACAGGGAGACAGGGAAGCCAAAGGGAUAUGGCUUCUGUGAGUAUCAGGACCAGGAGACGGCCCUCAGCGCCAUGAGGAACCUGAACGGGAGAGAGUUCAGUGGUCGGGCUCUCCGUGUCGACAACGCAGCCAGCGAGAAAAACAAGGAAGAGCUCAAAAGUUUGGGAACAGGAGCCCCCAUUAUCGAGUCUCCGUAUGGAGACACCAUCCAGCCACAGGAAGCCCCAGAGUCCAUCAGCAGAGCCGUGGCCAGUCUGCCACCUGAGCAGAUGUUUGAACUCAUGAAGCAGAUGAAGCUGUGUGUGCAGAACAGUCCUCAGGAGGCGAGGAACAUGCUGCUGCAGAACCCUCAGCUGGCCUAUGCUCUGCUUCAGGCCCAAGUGGUGAUGCGGAUCGUUGACCCUGAGAUAGCCUUGAAAAUGCUCCAUCGUCAAACACCGGUCCAGCCGCUGAUUCCCAGCGGGCAGCCUGCAGGAGCUCCACCAGUCAACCCUCCUCCUGCUCAGCCCAGCGUGCCGGUGUCUCAGCCACAGCCGGUGCCUGGAAUGCACGUCAAUGGAGCCCCUCAAAUGAUGCAGCCCCCCAACAUGGGUGUCGUCCCUGGACCAAUGCCUGUACCAGGACCCGGACCGGUACCAGGACCGGGAACAGUCCCAGUUGGACCUCCAGGAAACCUGCAGCAUUCUCCCACAGGAUCUUCUGGGCAAGCUGCUAUCGAGCGGCCUCAAGGACCAGGCGGUAUCCCCCCCAGAGGCCUGCUGGGAGACGGUCCUAACGAUCCCAGAGGAGGAACUCUGCUGUCCGUCACUGGAGAAGUCAUAGACCCCAAUCGGGGCUACAUGGCCGCUCCACCCCCCCACCAAGCCCCGCCGGUACACAUGGCCCCGAUGGCAGCCGGACCCCCUCCGGAUAUGAGAGGCCCCCCGAUGGACAUGAGAGGCCCACCCAUGGGUGAACCACGAAGCAUGAUGGGUGACCCCAGAGGGCCCCCGAUGAUGGAGCCACGUGGACCCCCGAUGGAAACCAGAGGUCGUGACCCGAGGGCGAUGGACGCUCGCGGUCCAGUGGCGGCUCAAAGAGUUCCGAUGGCGGCAGGAAUGCAAGGCCCCGUCCCUCACAGCAUGGCUCCCAGCGCUCCUCCACCUGCAAGACCGGGUCCUGGUAUCUCUGGUGUUCCUGCAUCAGGAGGAGGCUUCAGUCCGGGGCAGAGCCAGGUCUCCACACAGGACCAAGAGAAGGCUGCUCUGAUCAUGCAGGUGCUGCAGCUGACCCCAGAACAGAUCGCCAUGCUGCCCCCGGAGCAGCGGCAGAGCAUCCUCAUCCUCAAGGAGCAGAUUCAGAAGACUGCAGGAGGAGCACCCUAACAGCCACACUGAGGAAAACCUUCAGGACUUGUGACCCGUCACCGUCAGCUCUGAAGACGUCUCAUCUAAGUUUGGAAUAUUGUAUAGGUUUUUUUAAAAUCAUAUUGUCUGUUUUCUGUAUGAAAGAGUCAGGUUGUUGAUCGAAAAAUAAGUGAGACAUUUGAGUGGAUGAUAGAACAGAUAAAAAAGGUCAGGGCUGGAAUGUCAUGAAGUUUCAUCUUUUUCUGUUUUCAUGUUAUCGGCUCUGGAAACUGUUUGUCUGGAUGUUGUUUUGUCAAUAAAACAAAGAAAGAAAA